AUGUUCGUCAAGUCCAUCCUCGCUACUCUCGGCCUUGCUGCCCUCGCCCUCGCCGGCUCUGGAGCUGCCAAGUGCUCCAGCAACCAGCAGGUUGUCUGCAAGGACAACGGCAACGGUGGCGUCCUGACCCUCGGCAACGUCCUCCCCGGUGCCCUCGGUGUUGACUGCUCUGGCGGUGACGUCUACUGCUGUGACAAGGGUGCCGUUGAAGAUGUCGGCCUCGUCAACCUCGAUAUCAACGCCCAGUGCUCCCUGAACCACGUGCUUUAA